ACCGCCUUCCCGCUACGUGCAAUUUAAAGAGGCAGAGUGCCAACUCGACGCGAACCCUCACAGAAAAACCCACGAGUGCUGGAAGGUAGAGUCUCAGGAAUCUUAGGAACUCAGAGAAAAUGCAGCUGCUCUUGCUCUCCCUGAUUGUGGGGGUCACGUUUGCCGUGCCUCCUCAGGAAAAGCGUGUGCAUCAUCAGCGUGACCUGAGUGACCACGUCCACGACGAUGCCCACGGUUACCAGUAUGAUCACGAGGCCUUUCUAGGCAAAGAGGAAGCCAAGACAUUCGACCAGCUGACCCCUGAGGAGAGCCAGGCCAGACUCGGGAAGAUAGUGGAUCGCAUCGACACAGAUAAGGAUGGUUUCGUUAGCCAUGCAGAGCUGCACCACUGGAUCAAACACAGGCAGAGGAGGUACGUUGAGGAGAACGUGGACAAGCACUGGAAAGAAUAUGACCAGAACAAGGACGGGAAGAUCGCCUGGACGGAAUACAAGAACACCACUUAUGGCUACUACCUGGAUGACGAGUUUAGUGACAUAGAGGACAGGGAAAGCUACAAAGCCAUGCUGACACGGGACGAGAGGCGGUUCAAGGCAGCAGAUAAAGACGGGGAUGGAAUUGCCACAAAGGAAGAGUUCACUGCCUUUCUCCACCCUGAGGAGUUCAAAUACAUGCAGCACAUUGUGGUGCAGGAAACAAUAGAGGAUAUCGACAAGAACGGUGAUGGCAAGAUAAAUCUGGAGGAGUACAUCGGGGACAUGUACACUCGCGAGAACGGAGUGGAGGAGCCAGACUGGGUUAGCACUGAAAAGAAGCACUUCUCAGAGUUCAGAGACGUUAACAAGGAUGGUUUCCUUGAUGGCAACGAAGUUGCCCAGUGGGUACUGCCAGGAGAUGUUGAUCACGCUGAUAAUGAGGCCAAACACCUUAUUCACGAGACAGAUACAAAUAACGAUGAUAAAAUCACUAAGCAGGAGAUUCUGGCUAACUGGAACAUGUUUGUCGGGAGCCAGGCCACCAAUUACGGAGAAGACCUCACCAGGAAACACGAUGAGCUUUGAUGCUCUCAUGCUAAAGGGAAACACCAGUGGGUUCUCAUAUAGGUCAAGGGUUUUUAGGAAGUGGGAGGGUUAAAGUUACAUGUAAUAAGCAAAUGACUGUUACUUUUUUACAUUCAUAGAUGGGUGGAUUUAGUCCAGGGUAGGGUUAAACGUCAGGGGUCAAGACCUAAUGUUAGGAAUCGGGAGUGUUGUUGAGGUGAGUUGGGACUGGGAGGGUACUUCAGUCUAAAGGGAAAUUCCAACAACUUUUCAAAAUUCAUAAUUAAAUUGUUGAGGUGUAAACAGUCGUUCAGAGUGGUUUGAUAUGAAACGGUUCAUUGUGUUUCUUUACAGUGGUACUGAUCGGAACCAGGGGUCGCAAUGUCUACAACACAAAUAUAGCCAUUUUUUUAUUUACUAUCCGAAACCACCAGUUAACCUACACGUGUCUUCUUCUUACAUGUGUUUUAAUAUGUAAUGUUGACGAUGAUAAAAUAGUGAUAAAUCUGAAAACAAAGUUUUCCCUCAGGCUGUACCUCCACACCAUAAAUGUAUUAAAUAAAAUUAGGCCAAAACCUUUUUAAAACUAUCAUAAAACUAUGUCUCAGGGAUGAGGAAAUAUAUGUGUAACAAGCCAUAACUUUCUAUGAGGUAGCUUUUAGAAACAUUAAACAUUAAAGACGUCUGGUUCCAUCAGCACCACUGUGAACAAUUCUUAUUUCGUAAGUUUUUCUACAAGAAAUCUUCUCACAUCAAACCACUCUGCACUUUGCUUACAUCUUUAUGAUUUAAUUAAAAACUGCAAAAACGUUAAAAAUCAAUGGAAUUCCCCUUUAACUGAAAUCAGACCGUAUUUAUUAAGGCAAUCACAUUUCGUCCAUUAACAGAAAUGUUUACAGCAUGUUUACACGCACACUGUGGUUGAUAAAGAUUUAUACCUGUUUUCCUUAGAUAAGCAGUAUUCCCAAAAGGCUGAUGUUGCCAAGUAGAAAUAAAAGGCAUUAGUAUUUUAUAAAACUAUCUUUACAAUUUUACCAUUACAUUUUUCAUCCUUAUGUAGGAUCUGAAAAACAUAAUUUUGGGUAGUUUUAACUGUAGAUCUGUACAAGAUCUGUGCAUGUGGCAGUGGUACAGCGCUGAUCUAGGAUCAGUCUGUGGCUUUAAAGGCCCAUUUAAUACAAUUCAGGCUUGUCAUUACGCGUAUAUAAUAAACACAUUUGGUCUAUUCUUAGAUGUAUAAGACAACAGAUACAAAAACUGUAAUGCUUCAGAUUCACAUGCAGUGUCACAAUGGCUAAAUAAAAAAGCACAAAAGCCUUAUAGUAAGCUUUGCAGUGUGUAUGGUCAUCCUUAAAGGGCCCAUAUCAUGGAAGACCAGUUUGAUGUACGUAAAGCUUAAAAACAAACCGUUCACUCUCCAGUCCGUACAGCUCAUAUAUGACAACUAGGCUGUAAAAACAGCUUGUUUUGAAUUCUUCAUUUUUGUGAUGUCAUAAAAACAGCCUACAGCAGUUUGGAUCCACUCAUUCACAUUAUAAGGUGUGCUUCAGCUUUGGACUGCAUGUUGAAUGAGGAAAGCCAAUCAGAACAGAGCUCAUUUACAUAUAUCUGUCUUAAACAGCCUAUUUAUUUCCAUUUUUGCCAAGUAAAACCACACAAAAUUUGUAAAGUUGAAAAAUACACAUGAAAAUUGAAAGAUAUGGGCCCUUUAAAGUACUAGUUGUUUGGAGCGGGCGGUAAUAGCACAGAAUUGAAUUACUGUAGAUCACUCAGAUGAUUUAUUCACACAGGCCCAGAAUAUGGCUGAGCCAUGGAGUCUGAUUCCAGGUCUAAGUGUAAUUCUGAUUGCUGUGCAAGUUGCUUCAGGAGUGCUUUAUCCCUCCAUGGUCUUGCUGCAGCACAGUGAGGAGGAAAAAGAGCAGACACAGCUCUGUGACAACUCCUCUGCAUAAAUCCAGGCUAAAAUAUGUCUAAAUGUUAGCUUUCAGCCCUGCUUAGCAACAUUAGCAAUGUAGCUCCAGUGCCAAGUUAGAGAAACAAAGUAUAAACAUGUCAACCACACUUCAGAUAAGUGGAAAGUCUUGGUCAUUCUGUUCUUUCAACACUCCACUACAGUCCUGUUGUGCGGUAGCCUAAUGCAUGUUUAUAGGUUUAUUGAUGCACAAGAGUUGAGCACUGAAGAAAAGGCCAGCUGCACAAACAGUGCCUGAACAGGCUGUUACAAACACAGCUCAGCUGUCUGGACGACACCUGUGGCUACCACUCGCAGGAAAGAGUUAGAAGGGAAGAGAUGGGGAAGGCAUAGAGAAUGAAAAUAAGGGAUUAAGUACAUGGGAGGAGAGAAACAGUGACUGUUUGCUGGCAACACAUUUCUCUGUGAAUUCAAAAUAAAGGCCUUUUUUUUUA